UUAAAACUUCCAUGCCGGAUGGUCGCUGGGAGAGAGGGCUGAGAGCGCAGGAAGCCAGGCUCGGGGCAGCCCAGCGCCUGCAGACAAUGGCAUGUGCGGCGGGAGCUGGCUGUGUGUGAUCAGGUUUUUCCCCUCCCUUGGCCCGGCCACCGCUCCCGUCCCUCCCGGGUGAUGUCUCUGCCCGUGCUGCUCCCUGGCUCUUGCUGCCCCGUGGCAGGGCUGUCUUCCUCCAUGGGCAAUGCGGCACCUGCUUCUUCUCCGGGCGGAGAGCCUUCCCAGCACCGGGCACGUAGAGGCCGCGGGCCGCCCCAGCCCCCUCGAUGUUCCGCUGCUUGGAGCCUGUGCCCCCCUCCUCCACCUCCCACUUUAUCAAGCCGGCGCCGGGCUGGGGCUGGACUGAUCCUUCCAGGGAGACCGCUGCUGUCCCUGGGGUUGCUGCAGCUGAUUCUGGGGUGCUGCACUGUGGCUCUCAGUUUUGGGGCUCUGUCACUGAGCAAGAGCCCCCAGAUCAGGAGUUCAUGUCCCUUCUGGGCAGGAUCCUCGGUAAUUCUGUCUGGAAUUAUAGGACUAACUACAUGGAAGAAGCCCAUGGUCCUUCUGGUGAACCUAUUUGUCAUGCUGUCAGUGGUCUGCGUAUUACUGAACCUGGCUGGUUUCAUACUAGGAUGCCAAGGUGCUCAGUUUGUUUCCAGUGUGCCCAGCUGUCAUCUGGUAGAUAUGACUGAAGGCAAAAUCUGUGUUUGCUGUGAAGAACCUCAGGCUUCCAAGUGCUUGGAGAAAGAACAUGUCCUGAAGCUGGUCAUGAUCCACUCCUGUAAUGCAGUCCAUCUUUUACUCAAGAAAGUCUUUUUUGCUCUAUGUGCCUUGAAUGCUUUGACAACCACUGUUUGCCUGGUAGCGGCUGCAUUACGUUACCUUCAGCUCCUGGCCACUAGAAGACCCUGCACAGAUGAGUCCCAAGUCUCUGUAGAGGAAGCAGAAGAGCAAGAUCGAGAGCCAGACUUUGAAGACUUUGUUCCACCUCCUCCUCCGCCUUCUUACUUUUCCACAUUUUAUUCUAACACUCCCAGAAUGGGUCAGAGAAUGAUUGAUAAUGAUGUGAUUCCUCUUCCACACAUUUAUGGAUCCAGGUUCAAAGGGGUUGAAGUGUUUUGCCCUAUGGAGCCACCGCCGCCUUAUGAAUCUGUGGUUAGCCAAAGUCAUUCACCAGAGGAAACCAAUUUGGAAGUCGCAGGCUGUGCAACGGAUGCCACAAUAGCGCUGCCUAAGGUACCAAGCACAUCAGAAGUUGCUGGCUGUUCUAAUACAGAAGCCAUAUUUGCACAUUCCUCCACGGUACAACAAAAUGCAGAAGGUGAUCCAGCCAGAAAACCACAGCGGAAGAGGUCACACAGUGAUCCAGUCAUCCAUGAUCUUCCACCAAGAGGCGCAGUUCCAAGCUGCGAAGCCGCCACUCAGACAGAACUCAGACCCCCAGUGACAACUGUCACCUUGAGACGUGCUUUAAGAGCAAAAGCUGUUCGAUCAAGACCCAGGUCAUUAGUUGAUUACAGAUCAUACAUGGACACUAAGCUCUUGGUGAGCAGGUUUUUAGAGGAGCCAUCUUGUCACAUGUCAACAGAGGUCUCUGAACUGGUAGAAAGCAUCAAAACAGUUUUAAAAUCAGAUGAAGAACACAUGGAUGAAGCCAUUCUAAGUGCCAGCUUUCUUGACCAGGUGAUGGGGCCAAGCCAACAGACCGUGACAGCAACCCAAAGACAGCCAAGCAGAAGGCAGCCUGGUGUUCUACAUUUGGAUAGCUGCGGGGACUUAAGCACUUUUUGCACUACGCAGACCCAGAGAGACAAUAGUAUGAGAUGCCAAAGGACUGCCAGAGAAAGACCUCACAGUCUCAUUGGAGUUGUGCGUGAAACCAUACUGUGACACAGAAAUAACCCAUUGGAUGAACAAGGGAUGUCCUGUUGCCUCCAGAGAUAAGGGCAUGCAACUAUUCCUUGAACUUGCCAAUUAUGCAGCCCUCAUACAUAACUCUUGCCGAAUAGUUAAUCUUAAAAUUAAUGUGUUUAUUUUUUGGCCAUAACCAAAGAUUCAUGAGCACAUUAUGGUUCAGGAAUAUUUUGUUGUUUGUAGAGCAUGCUCAAGUGUGGACUAUUCAAUUAUAAACUGUCCUGAAGCCUGGUAAUGUAAAAAAUUAUAUAUAUUAUGUAUAAUUUACAGGCACCUCAGGGGUAUUCAAUGCCAAGAUAUGGUGACACUAUAUAUGUGGCAUUGUAAUAAAGUAAAUGAACUUCUAGUGUAUCUUCUCUGCAGAUUGCUGCCUUAUGUCUCAACUAUGCACAUAAAAAAAUGGCUCAUAUGUAUGAUGCUGAGUAGGAAACCCAAUUGGAAGACAUGUAUGAUUAAAAAACAAUGUAAAAGAAGCAUAUUUUGUAUACACUCUAUACAUUAGUCUGCCUUCAUUUUGACUACACUUCUAUGGUCAUUCAAUAAUCCAAAGAAGGAAGAGUGUGCCAUGAUUUUCCCAUGCUUCACACCAUUGACUGAGAACUGUUUGUGUGGUCUUCAUGUAUAACUUGCAUGUUUGCUGUUUACUAUAUUAUGUGACAAGUCUUCAAAUCAUACUUUGUCUAAACAUGGUGCUGGUUUUGGAUACAGACUUGUAUACAACACAUUGGAAUGCAGAUUGCCACCUUGCUAGUAUUAGCACAUCAUCCUAUAAAUAGAUGGCAUAUUGGUAGUAUAUGCCAUCACUAUAUAAUUGAUGGGGGUCCAACCUCAUUUACCCCCACCAAUCCUCAGAAUAAAGGUGCUGUAUUCUUGGUUUAGCAUUGCACCCCAUUCAAUGGGGUUUAUCCCGGGGUAGUGGUGAUCCCAGCCACCCAAUGUGCAGGAAACUGCAGCAGAGCUGCAUUCAAGUGAAAAGGACUGUACUGCAGUUCCCUGCACUGUUGGAUGGCUGGGACCACCACCGUGAAAGGGAUGCUGAAAUUAAGACUUCAGUUUCAUGUUUUUAAUACUCUGUCUACGGUCAAACAUGAAGCAACAAUUUAUGGGGGUUAGCAGAAACUCAUGACUAAUCCUUACUUACUCUUCAAGGAUGCAUACAAGAUUGUAUAGUAGCAUAUUGGGGACUGAUAAUGCAUAGGAAAAUAUAGAGAUCUUUAGAGGGGUUCUCCACCUUUUCGAAAUUGAUGACCUAUUUUUUUGGAUAGGUCAUCAGCAUCAGAUUAGUAUGGGUUCAGCUGAUCAGUGGGUGUGCAUGGUGUCAGAGGCCCAUCAAUCUUAUAUUGAUGACCUGUUUAAGAUAGUUAAAGGCUAUGAGGCCAAUUUUCUAUUCUACUUAUCUUGGGUAAAAACUAUUUUUCCUAUUGGUCUUUGUUAAAAGGUUUCAACAGAUUGUCUCCUACAACCUUUAGGUUUUACUUUCUAUGCAGACUGUUCUGCUUGCCACCAAACAGCAUAAAGAACAGUCUGUGGAGUCCAUGAAAUUUGAAGGCUGUAGAAGACAACCUGUUGAAAAUUAUGAAUAAAUACCAUAAUGGAAAAAUAAUUUUAACCCAAGAUAAAUCGAAUCAAAUAAUAAAAAAUGUCCACAAAAGGUGUCCAUAGCUUUUUUAUGUUGAAGAAACUAGGGGACGCAAGCUCAUCUAAACACUUCUUGAGACCAUGUUAGACCUUGUUCACACUUGCAUUACAGUGUUCCGUUAUAGGUUCCGUUUAUAACGGAAUAUAACACUAUUAACAGACGGAAUGCAGAACGGAAGCAUUUAAGAGGCAUUCCGUUUUGAUCUCUCAUAAUAGAAGUCUAUGGGCAAGCAUAACAGAUCUGUCUGGUUUCCAUUAUGCAGGACGGAAAACAAAGUUCUGUUGGCCUGCAUAAUGGAAAACAGGCGGAUCCGCUAUCCUUUCCCAUAGACUUUAAUUAUGACGGAUCAAAACGCAAGGCCUCUUAAACAGGGCUUCUGAUUUUGCAUUCCGUUAUAAUCUGUUAUAAAUGGAACCUAUAACGGAAUAUCCUAACGCAAGUGCGAACCCAGCUUUACUCUCCUUGAACUUCACAGCAGAGCUUCUCUGCUGUAGAUCUUCUGCUUCCUGUCCAGGAUAAAAGAACUGGACCGUUCAGCAAUGGUGUGAGGUUACAAGGCCAGUCCGGAGCAGUAUUCAGACACCCGCCCUGUCAAUCAAACAGGUGUAGGAGGGGCUUCUCAUAUACAGCGGUAGAAUUAGGGUGCACCAAACAGUUAAUUUGUAUAU